AUGGCAUUGAUUCUUAAUAGAACUUUGGUCCUUGCGUCUAUAAAUACCAGUUAUACCCAACAAUUGGCUAUAAAUAGAAAUAGAAUGGGCAUAACCGGGGACAACUAUAAGCAUCUGGCAGCUUUGCUUAAAAAACUUACAAUCAUUUGUUUUAGAAUAGCGGUGCUUGUAUCCCUUUGCUAUAACGGAUACAAUGUGUUGGUCACGUUGAAUCUUCUUAAUCAUACCAGUACUCCUGAUUUAGCAUGGUUGUAUACCAGGUUACUUCCUGAUAAGUAUUUUGGUUAUAAUGUUGAUUACUACGCUGAUUCCAAAUACAUGAAAACUCCACUGUCACAAGUUAUGAUCGGUCCAACCAGUGAUAUGUAUUGGCCCAUUUUCCUUAAUUUCUGUUGGCUGUCAUUUACUGAAACUUUAAUUGCAGCAAUCCAAGGUAAGAAACCAUAUACCGAGACUGGUAUUACUAUAUUCGAACAUUCGUUAGCAUUUCAAGAGUUUAGUAGCAAUGGGGCAUUUUUUUUUACAAAUUCAAAAUAUCAUAAACGACCUACCGAGCAAGUGUUAUUGGCUACUUUAUUUCUGAUUUUCAACCAUUUGAACAUUCACAUUGGUGCUUUAAUUAAUAAUAACAAGUAUAGAUUGAUUCCACUGACAAUUAUCGGAAUGGCUUUUUUAACGUACUUCAUUUCAACAUUUAGUCAAUGGAAAGUAUUACAAUUCCCAUUCAUUUUAAUUUUGACAUUUACACCACAAGUUUUAAUACUAGGCAUUAUAUUUAUUAGUUUCACAAUAUUUAUUAUUGCAAUCAUGAUUAAUGGAUUUGAAUUAAAGGGAUUGAAUUAUGCCAGUUUCUUUUUACACGAAUUGAACGAGGAGGAAGAUGAAGACACACUUAGUUUGAAUAUUAAUCUCAAUGAUGAUUUCUACACUGCAUUGUUAAAUGUGGGGAUUUUGGCAAUUACCCUGGCUGGUAAAUCAAGCUAUAUAACUGAAUUAAGCUUAAUCACAGUGGAUAAUGAUACAUGGAUUGAAAGAAGCUUAUGGCAACAAUUGAAGCAAAAAUUGACCAGAAAUAACAUUCGCAAUGUUAAAUCUAGAGAUUUAGUUCAAUAUCUUCGAGAUAAUCAAAUAUCAGGAUAUGCCAAUUUGAUCAGUCAACCAAGUUCAAGAUUGAUUACUGGAACACCAUAUUCUGAUGCCGUUGAAGUUAACAACACUAGCCAAGAACAAAGUGUUUGGAGAAGAAGAAUUGAGUUUAUGAAAGUUAUGAUUAUUGAUGCAUGGCAAUUAAUUUAUGGAUUGCUUGUAGAUUCUUUUUUGUUAGACUAUUUGCCAGGAUUAUUCAGAAAGCGUCAACUCAACCAUGAAGAAACCAAUGAGGAAUUUGAAAAAAGAAAACAAAGAAUUCCCCAAUUUCUACAAAAAUAUGUUACUAGAAGAGUAUCUGAGCGAUCAACUGCCAUAAGCACUGAUUUAAUACCUGAAGAUGAAUUGACUAGUAGGCUAUUAAUUGGUGAUCGAGAAUUAUCAGAGGUUGAUAAUUCAGGAGAUUACAUUGACGAACCGGAUGAAAUACUGGAUUCAGAAUACGAAUCUGAUGAAGAGAUUGAGGAAAUCAUACCUGAAGACACCCCUACUUCAAUUUAUGAUUUAUUCACCUUUGAAGAUUUCAAUGAAAUCAUUACUUCUCCAAAUACACUUUUAGUGCUACAACAACACAUGCAAUACAGCGGUAAUGGUCCAUUAACAAGAUCGCAUUAUCGAGAUCUUCAUCCUACCACACAAUUACCUAAUUCCAUGAAUAAUGACGCCACAAAACUUAUUGAGUUAAUAAUAGAGAAACGGGCCAACAAGUCACAUAUACCUAAUAAUGAAUUACUUUCACGAUUAGAAUGUGUUAUUUGUCAAACGAAUAUUAGAGAAAUUAUUACCUGGCCCUGUAAAUGUUUUGCUAUUUGUGAAAACUGUCGAUUAAGUUUGGUAAGUAAAGGAAUUGAAGGUUGUGUUUGUUGUAGAAGAGAAGUUGAAGGGGUAUCAAAAGUAUUUAUACCUUAG